ACCUCGCGAGCUCUGAUCACGUGAUUCGCGGCCAUUAUGCUAAGGUUUCUGAAAGAUGGCUUCGCUUUUUCAGGAGAUUAAUUUAGUCAUACAAUAAAUUUAAUUGUUCCAGAAGAUGCCUGGACCUGUCGAGAGAUGGCUCGAAACAUUUAUGUGCAAACAGUAUGCUGAAACGUUUGAAGCCUAUGGAUUUAAAACUCUUCAAUCAGUAUGCCAACUGCAGUUGCCACAACUACAGGCUAUGGGUGUAGCUCAAGAACAUUGUGAAAAGAUCUUAGAGAAUGUCUAUGUUCUGAGACAAACACUUUUAGCUGGAAACAACAAGGGUCCGGGGCUAUCUGAAAGUGCUAACUUUGACCCAUCUAUCAAUUCAGCCAGUUCAGCCCUAAGAUCUGUUGCUAUGAAUGCUAAUUACCAAAGAGGCAGUAUGAACCACUACCCUGAUGAGUAUAGUGGUUUUGGCCCUGGUGGUCAAGGAGGUGGUGGAAGAAUUCCAGCAAUGAACUACCCAGGACGAUAUGAGGAAAACAACAUGGGAAACAUGGGUCAAAGUAUGACUAGCUACCAACACCAUAUGGCUGGUUAUGGUAGUCAAAGUCAGGCUCAGAUGAUGAUGCAGCAACACCAAUCACAACAGCAACAUGUACAACCUCAACAGCAACAGCAGCAACAACAGAUGAUGAAUCAUGGUGGUAGUAUGUACCCUGGACAGCAGCACUAUAUGGGGCAACAGCAGCAGCAGCAACAACAACAACAACAGCAACAAUUUCCCAGCCCAUCAAACCCUUACCCAGGCCAGUACAGCAUGCCUGGAGUCCCUCCACAGCAACAGUCAUCUCAAAGUCAGAUGUCUGGCAACAGUUACUAUCAGAAUACACCACACCCUUCACCAAUGCAUCAUCAUGCAAGGCAUUCAUCAACAACACAGAGCCCACAGCAGGUGGCUGACAGCAUAUUGCAUAUUGCUUCAAAUUAUCCUCAACAGCAAACAGUUCAGGUGCCUAUUCAGAAGAGUAGGUCUGCUCCUUACCAUGUUCCAAGAUCACCACAUUACAAUAUGCAGUCAGGAAGUCCUAACCAGUCACCAAUGGGUGGCAAUAUGAACAGACACAUGGGAUAUCCAUCCCCGUCAUCUCACCAACAGCAACAGUCGAGAACAUCACCUAUCAGUCCAAUGUUGAUGCAUAGUCCAGUUUCUCAUCAAAGCAACCAAAGUUUACCGAGUCCUGGAUCCAUGCAUAGUCCUACUUCUGGAAUACGAUCUCCCAUACCAACACCUCCUCCUGGAUAUCAUAAUGUAGGACUGCGCUCCCCUUGUGACAUGCAACAAAUGGCAUCUCCAAUGGGGACUGUCCAGUCCAUGAGAUCGCCAGGUCACAUGCCUCCGAUCAACAUGUCACAACCAAUAGGUUCUCCAGCCGGCAGGUCGUGUAGUAGCGGAAACAUGACUUCACCAGGUCAGCAUCAGCAGCAUUUCUCUCCUAACCCACUGAACUCUCCAUCCAGUCAUGUUGGUUCUCCAUACACUCCAUCUUCCAAAGCUCAUAUCAGUAGCCCACCUCAGUCACAGAGUUACCAAAACAUUUCUAGUUCUACCUCGCCUAGUCCAUAUAUAAGUGAUAUGUCGUCUCCAGAUCCGGGACCACGCUCUGGUGUAGGUCCAUCUAAUCCCCUUCAGUCACUUCAGAAACUAGUGAUGCUUCCAGAAACACAAGUGGUUGAUCCUAAGAGUGUUGUGAAUGAUGCUUGUUUACCCUCCCCACAAAGUAAUGAGGGUUCAAAAAACUGUGAUGACUCUGCAGAGCAGCCGAGCGGGGAGGCCUGCGGCAGCACUGCAGAGUGUUCAAAUAGCAACAGCACAGACCGUGCUAGCUCCAGCCAAAGUCCUCCAUGCACAGACGGUAAGCACUGCAAUGAAGUUGGUGAUCAUUCUGAAGAUAAACUCUCCAGUGUGAAAAACCAAAAUGAAUCAAUGCUAUCUGUGAAAGACAAUAUAGAACCAACACCUGAAAUAAGUGAAAAGUUCAAUCAUGACUCUUGUACUAAUCCUGGUCCAACUGUGAGUUUGGUACAAGAAAAAAGAUCUCCUGUCCAGAACUGUGAUAACCAGGAAUUCAAGAAAAUGUCAAAGGAUGCACAGUGCCCUUUAAUAGAAACUCCUGUUGAUAGUCCAAACAGUAUGAAAUUAAACCUGGAGUCAGCUAAGAAAGAAGAUGUUACAAGCCCUAGGGACAAAAAUUUGAAUUGUGAUAAUACCAAGAAAUGUAAACAGGACAAUUGUGAAUCAAUCAUAAUAGAACCAAAAUUGGUCAAUGGAGACAUUGACCACUGUAAUACUACUCCAGCUACGUCAGUUAGAAUGAAUUCUACAUCUGUUUCAGGAAAAGUUAACAAUGUAAUGAAUAAAAAGGCUGAAAACCAUCGGACGAAAGAAGCAACUGUUAAGGCAUCUGACAGAAAAGAAAGUAACAAGAUUGGAGAAGUAUCCACAGUGAAUUCUGUGGAUGAAAAAAAGGGUAAAAAAAGAGGUGUCAACAACAGUAAUGACAAAUGUGACAGUCAGAAAAAGGCAAGAAUUGUAAAUUCUGUGAAUAAUGAUGAAAAUGAAAAGCACAAUGACUCAGUUGAUGGAGUGGAAGAAGUGGAAACUCUAAGGGUAAGAAAAGACUCCGGCAACACAUAUUCUAGGCAGAGUAGGAGUUCUUUCUUAAGAUCAGAUGAACUUUUCUCAGAUUUUGGAGAAGAAUUGGAUGGUAUAAAGAAUGAAGACUGUCCUGAUACAGCCACUUCACCCACAAGCAAUUCUGGUCCAGUCAAUUCCGAGCUAGAUACCUCUGAUGUGUCAUCAGACAAAAGAACAGAUAAAUUGCCUUCCAAAUCGCCCAAACAGCCUAAUGUGAACAAGAAAAUGAAUUCUUUAACUAAGAAUACAGAUUUGAAAGAAACAAAGACAAAUAUGGCAAACAGUUUUCAAGAUGGCUCAUCAUCAAAGUUUCCUGGUAGUUCCAAAACUAAAGAGACUAAAAAUAAGUGCAAUGAAGAGAAAAAGCUACCUUCGCAAUCAGCAGAUAGUGCAAAAAGUAGUGACAAAACCAAACCUGCAUCCAAUAUGUCUUAUGAUGUAGAAGUUUCUUCAGUACAAAUACCACAGACUCCAAAAACUAUUUCAUCUGCAAAGAAGAGAAAACAUACAACAAACUCAGAGAAAGGUAAGAAGUCUAAAGACAAUAGUGUAAGUACAGACAUUUCUACAAAUGGAGUGAUACAAAGCCAAGAAUCAAAACCACCUCAGGUGAAGAAAGAGCUGACUUUCCAUAUCAAUGAAGAGGAUUCUCCAAUGGAAAUUGUUCUUUUAUCAGAUGAUUCUGAUAUUGAGGAUAAAUCCUUAUCUGUGCUCAAUGUCAAAUCGAGCACUGGUGGAAUAAAGGCUGAAGCAAUGGAUUAUGAUGAUUCUAUUGGAUUGGAAUCAAAUGAGUCACGAGAUGUGGAUAGAAAGAAUAACUCCAAUGUAGCUGAAACUGUGGACACAAGUCCAAAUUCUGACAAGAAAAAGAGGGGUAGGCCAGUUGGGAGCAAAAAUAAAGCCAAGGUGAAAGAAAAAGAAAGAUCAGGAAAGAAGAAGAAAAAGAACAAACCCAAUCCUGAGGAAGAUUCUUUCAAAAUGAUGAAGUUCAAUAAAACUCUUGAAGCUAUGAAGAAAAAGAAGAGAAGUGAUGGUAUAUUUUCAUCUGGACCAUUUAUUAGAGUUGAGGGACCCCGGUCUCACCCAGCAAGUGUGAAAGUAUUCAAUGAUACACCAACUGAUGACUUGGACUCAAAGUUAGGCAAAAAGAAAGCCAGCAAGGGCCUGGUGUCAUCCGCACCUUCUCUCCAGAUCUCCAAUCUUCCAACUGAAAAAUCAGUAAUGUUGCCAUCUCAGAAACUUACGAGUGACACUGUUUGGGUGUGUGCUCUCUGUGGGAAACAUAGCAGCUACAAGAUCCUGGGUGAUCUAUUUGGGCCUUAUUACAUCGAGAGUCACCUUGCUCUGCUCAAAUCAGAAGAAGAAAGCAAGAAGGAGGAACUGUUGAAGAAGAAGACCCCCGAGUCCACUCCAACAGGCGAAGCUGGGGGAAAUAGCAGGCGCAGUCGGAGAAGGACGUCCAACGAAAGACGGUCUAGCUCAGGGAUGAGUGUAUCUGAACCACCACUUCCUAAACCAAAGGAAGUGUGGGUGCAUGAAGAUUGUGUUAUGUGGACUGACGGGGUGUUUCUCAUUGGAUCCAAAAUAUAUGGAUUAGAAGAAGCUGUCAAAGUGGCAGGGUCCUCAGUCUGCUCAUGCUGCAAAGAAAAUGGUGCUAUGGUUGGAUGUUUAAACAAAGGCUGCAGUCAGAAAUACCACUUUUUAUGUGCCACAGAGAGAGGAUGCUUCCUUGAUGAAAACAGAUUUUCUCUACUGUGUCCCAAACAUAAGGAGAAGAGAAUAAAGAUUGAACAACCAUGUACUAAGUCAUGACACAAGGUAUCUAGGUUUAAACAUGCUGUUACAGUGUAGCAGUAGAUCCCAGUCUGAAUACUGCUGAGUUGUAAUCAGCAUGUCCAGUCCACCGGCUAGGACAAAUGGAGACAGUGCCCCACCACUUCUCAUUGACGUCGCAUUGGGGCUGUGGAAGACUCAACUAGCAACACCACUGAUGAGAUGUGUGCUCCAGACAGAGAGACAAACUUAUGCUAAGAUAUUCAUUGUAUAACUGUGCCUGCUUAUGACGCUUACAGGGUUUUACUGGACACAAAAUAUUGUGUCAUUUAGCCAUAAAAGUUUAGAAUGGAUGCAAAUAAUAUCCACUGCAAGUCACAUGCAAAAGUGUUUGGAUGUUGGAAUGAUUGAAACUUCUUUAAUUGAAGCAUUUAAGAUUUAUAUGAUUUUUUUUGUUAUGAUGACAUGUCCGUCAUUGCUCAGCCAGCCAAUCAUCACUGUAACCAUAUAGCUGGAAUAUUUCUGAGUGCAGUAAAAGACAAAACAAAAACAAAAUCAGUAGCUAAGACUGAUGUAAAUAAGAUCAUCCCAAUCUAUUUAAUUAAAAGCAUAAAGCAUUGCACUUCAUAUUUUAUUUGUUGUUGCUACAGUAGUCCUCCUGGAACCCCCAUUUUAUGGGUUAGUCCCCGAAAAUAUCUAUUACUAGCAAUCCCCCGGACAUGCAAAUAAAUAGACCAAGGUAUGUAAAUCUUUCAGCUUAUUUUCAAAAGAACAUGGUGAUAUAAAUGAUAUUACAUCCAUGAAUCCAGCAUGUUGAAUGAAUAAACACAUUGAGGGUGUUUUAACAUCUGUUAAAUAUUAAGUCAUUUUGGAUUAUGUCAUUUCUUUGUUGGAGUUUUCUGUGAUGUAUUCUGCUUAGUAAGAGUUUGUCUGUCUGUCUGUCUGUGAAGGCAACCAGUCAUGGACUAUGCAAUGGAAGAUGGCGCAUAAACUGUGUAUGCCAUGGGUAAAAUAGGUGUAUCAUACCUUAUCCUACAUACUGAAUACUGAAUGCAUCAAGUAUUGUGUCAAAGUAGAUUUAUUUUGGUACCUUGAAACUUCACUCGUGGAUUGAUUUGUCACUGUGUGUUGGUUCUGAAUGGAAUAAUGAAAAAUCUCUUGAAAAUGUAUUGAUAAUGAUAUAAAUGAUGUCAUAAUCCACCAACGUAAGUUUAAAUCUAAUAAAUAUUUCCCCAUUGACUCUGUAGAAACCAUUGCAGUAUUGCAGUCCUAUGUUUCCCUAGAAAUAAAAGAAUUAAUAAUAUGAAUAUGGUUGAUAUUUUUCAUUUAGUUUUGAUUACAUUUUUACCUUCCCCUUGAUUUCUAAUGUAAGAACAAAGUUGUGUUGCCUUGAAUGAAUACAUUCUAAGAGAAGCCUAAGUUUUGCAAUGGAUUUUUUUUCAUAUUUGAUAGAAAUUGAGAAUGUGGAACUGCUAUUGCUUUGUUUAGAAACGUUUAUUGACCCAUAUCAUGUAGUAGAAUAUGUGUAUUUGGCAGAAAUCUUACCUGUCAGUCGGUAAUUUAAUAACUGUCACAAUGAUUGAUAGCCAAGAGUUGUAUGAAUUGUUAAGAAUUAGAUUUUUAGUCCUAUAUUUCCAGGAAAUAUGAAGAUUUUUAUUUUAUACAAUUGAGGUCUUAUUUUGUGAUAAAAGCCUUUAACAAGUGAACUAAGAGUAUGAACAUAGUUUUAGAAUUAAUUGGAAAUUAACAGCAUGGUAUGGAGUACCUGAAUGCAAUUGGAAGAAGUUGACUGGAUAUUCAUCAAAAUGAGUUUGCCAUCAUUAUAGAGUGCAGAUAAGCUUGCUUCUUGUUCUAAAGCAAGUGUCAUGUGUUGCUUCUACAUACAUGUAUGUGCUUCUCUGUAACAUUACAGCACAGUGAUGGAAGUCUUCAGAAUCUGCAGCUGAUACCAUGCAAGCUGCAGGGUGGGCUGAUGGAGCCUGUCUGUACAAAUGUAUAAAUUGUCAUCACACUAUUUGUGGAGUAAUCAGGCUCAUAUAUAGAAAUAGUUUGAUGUCAUCAAGAAGCCUGUAUUGAAUUUUGCAUAAAAAUAUUACAAAUAAAUAUGAUGUGAAGUUAA